CUAGGGUUUAUGCGAUGGUGUUUGGGCAAAUCGUCAUAGGCCCGCCCGGAUCCGGGAAGACGACUUACUGCAAUGGUUUCCAGCAAUUCCUCGGUCUCAUUGGGAGGAAAACCGCGGUGAUCAAUCUCGAUCCGGCCAAUGACUGGCUACCGUAUGAGUGUGCUGUAAAUAUUGCGGAGCUCGUGAGGCUGGAAGAUGUAAUGAAUCAAUACAACUUGGGGCCAAAUGGAGGUCUAAUCUACUGCAUGGAUUACUUGAUGAUGAAUAUAGACUGGCUCAAGAACAAGCUCAAGCCUUUAGAAAAAGAUCACUACUUUCUCUUUGAUUUUCCCGGUCAAGUCGAGCUCUUCACACUACACAGCAACGCCAAGAAAGUAAUCGACGAGAUGACAACCAAGUGGGAUUAUCGGUUGGCCGCUGUCCACCUUGUUGACGCUCACUUGUGCAGCGAUCCUGGGAAGUUUAUUUCGGCGUCACUUUUAUCACUAAACACAAUGAUGCAUCUGGAGCUUCCGCAUGUAAACGUCCUCUCGAAGAUCGAUCUUAUUUCGUGCGAGACGUCUGCAGCGUACAAUUUGGAGUUCUACACAGACCUUCAAGACUUGAGCUACUUGGUGGAUCAUUUGGAUCAAAAUCCCCGCAUGGCUAAGUACAGGAAACUAACCGAGGGUCUCUGUGAGCUUGUGGGCGAUUACUCGCUGGUCAGCUUUACAACACUGAACAUCCAGGACAAAGAGAGUGUGGCUGAUCUCAUGAAACGAGUCGACAAAUGCAAUGGCUACAUCUUUUCAGGAAUCGAAGGAAACAUGAGAGAGUUCAGCAAAAUUGCUGCUGGGCCUCUUAACUGGGACUACUACAGAAAUGCUGCUGUUCAAGAAAAGUACAUGGACGACAGUUAACCGUAUGGUAUAUUGGCCUACUUGUGCUGCGUCUGGACUCAUUCUGAAAAACAAAAACGGGAUGCUUACUCUGGCGGCUACACUUGCGAGUCAUGGCUCGCUCGCACGGGUGGAGACUACCUACUGAUGCAGCCAGCUUAUCUAAAUAUGAUUUGGGAAAGGCCAACCACCGCCCGCUCCAAAAAUUCCACAGGCUUGAGUUUUCUUGAUGGCAGUAGAGGGAUGGUCUGUACUUGUUGGCACUCCACGUGGCGAUGAUGUAGAUGCUGCAUGGAAGGUGCAAGGGUAGCUGAAAUCUUAAAUAGUGGAAGCAAUAAGGGAAUCUUGUGUUUGAGAUGAAAUGCAAUGAUAGACAACCAUGAACACUGGCUCUAAAUCAUAAA